AUGGGCAGCCGGGCAGAGGCACUCCUCACUUCCCAGACAGGGCGGCUGAGCAGAGGCACUCCCCACAUCCCAGACGGGGUGGCCAGGCAGAGAUGCUCCUCACCUCCCAGAUGGGGCGGCCAGGCAGAGGCACUCCCCACCUCCCAGACGGGGUGGCCGGGCAGAGGUGCCCCUCACUUCCCAAAUGGGGCAGCCAGGCAGAGACGCCCCUCACCUCCCAAAUGGGGCUGCUGGGCAGAGGCGCUCCUCACCUCCCAGAUGGGUGGUGGCCGGGCAGAGGUGCUCUUCACUUCCCAGAUAGGGUGGCGGCCAGGCAGAGAUGCCCCUCACCUCCCAGAUGGGGUGGCCGGGCAGAGGCGCUCCUCACCUCCCAGACGGGGUGGCCGGGCAGAGGCACUCCUCACUUCCCAGAUGGGAUGGCCGGGCAGAGGCGCUCCUCAUAUCCUAGACGGGGCGAUCGGGCAGAGGCACUCCUCACUUCCCAGACGGGGCGGCCAGGCAGAGCAGCCGGGCAGAGGCGCUCCUCACUUCCUCCCAGACGGGGUGGCGGGGCAGAGGCGCUCCUCACUUCCCAGAUGGGGCAGCCAGGCAGAGGGGCUCCUCACAUCCCAGACGAUGUUCGGCCAGGCAGAGACGCUCCUCACUUCCUAG